CAUAACCCAAAAUGGACAUCUCGCUGAAGGUGGUGGUGAAGCUUUCCUCUCCGGAGAAGCAAGAUGCUGCUGCCCUGGAAGAGGAGGAGGAUGACCAACAGGAGCUGGUGAUAGCAGCGGGUCGGAAAUUUCGAUUUUCCCGUGUCUUCCGUGGCGAAACGGAUCCGCGGGAAAUCUACGCCGAGACGGUUGCUGGCGUUACGGAAGCAGUGCUGGAAGGGUAUGAUUUUUCGAUUGUAUCGUACGGGGAGCGGGGAAGUGGAAAGAGUUUUGCGUUGUACGGCAAUGGUGCGAGCGAGGGGAUUCUGCUGUGCUUUGUGAGGGAUCUGUUUUGCCAGCUCGGAGGACAUCCGGAGCGGAUGUAUUCGGUGGGGGUCGCUUGGACUGAGAUAACGAGCGACGGGGAUGUAAUCGAUGUGCUAGGGGCGGCAAUGAUGCAAUGCUUUACGAUCGAGGAAAUUUAUGGGUUGUUGAGCUUGGGGCUGCACAACAGGAAUCCGGAGAAUCAUAACAUAUUGAGUUUAAUCCUGGAGCAGCAGUGGACGGCGUUGAAUGGGUUGAACCAACAUCGGCAAUCGACGAUUAGCUUUUGCGAUUUGACCGGGACGGAACGGGAGGUGGUGGAGGGAGCGAGUAGGCUGAAGGAUUCCGGAUUAAGGAAGCUGGAGGAUAUCGUUCAUAAGAGAACCGAGGAUUACAAUGAGUCUAUUUUGACGGCUUUCUUGAAGGAUUCCUUCGGAGGGAGAGCCCAGACGUUGAUGCUUCUGUGCGUGAAGGAAUUGGAAGGAGAGAACGGAAUUAGGAAUCUGGAGUUUGGAGACAAGGCACAGGAGAUAGUGAACCACGUGGUGAUGAACACGUUUUCGGAUAAUAACGUGCCUGUUGUAGCACUCAAUGAGGAUCUUUCUGCGGGGAUACCGCAGCCUAAUUAUGACGGCCUGUACUUUGCUUCGCAGCAGUGGUCGAAGCUACUGAAGAACGCUGAGAGUUUGUUCAAUAAAAUAUUCAGUACUUGCGAGCUUACUCAGCAGGAACGAAGUCAAAUCGAAGAAUGGCUCUACCUGAAGGCGGAAUGUGACGAUUGUUUCAGUUCGACUGACAUCAGUAUUAACGCUGGCAAUCAACCGGCGAGAGUUUGCCUUGGUCCGAUAGAGGAAAUUGACGAAGGAGACGAUACCUUGAAGAGCAGCGGCAAGGUCAAUACCAGUGAACAGUGCAAUUCGGAUAACGAAAGCGAUUCGGACAUUUGCACCCAUCUGACGGACAUGACUGAUCGAAUUCAAGGCUACAUGAGAAAUUUCCAAGUCAAAACGAACAAUCUGAUCAACGAAAAGUACAAAGACUUCUUCCAGGCUCACCCGAAGAUGAUCGAUGAUUUUAAUGAGGAAAUUCGUCAACAGGAGAAGAAGAAACAGAUUGCACCGGUGCACAACCCGGCUCGAAGGAAGUCAAUCUACGAUGCAGAUUCGAUUAGCAGUAAUGAGUUGUCUUUGAUGUCUCACCUGCGAAGCAAUUCUACGACUUCACUGGCACCCGGUCCAGUGAUCAACAGCAAACGACUCGACACUCUGAAUAACAACCUUCGCAUAACGGUGGCAGGAAUCGAUUCUCUGCACGCUCAAAUCGAAGAAAUCAGACGCACAAUUUCCCUGAAGCAAAAGUACAUAACAGAUCUGAUCGAGAACAGCGAAACUCGAUCGGUGGCCAAGUCUCGAUUCAACAAGAAGAAGCGCAACUUGGAGGAUGAAUAUGAGAAAGCGAAGAAGCAACUGACCAAGGCAGUUGUGAAUGGAGCGGACAAAAAAGAGAUUAACCAUCUAAAGGGGAAAACUUCCCAACUCGAACAGAGACUGAAGGACCUGGACUCGAUUCGAUACAUUGCCGGGGAGUCGGGUCAUAAGAAGAAAAAGCUACAGCAGUCGAUCAAGGACUCCCAAAAGCAGCUCGAAGUGCUGCAGAAGAUGCUUAAGAAAGAACUGGACAAGAAGGAGACGAUCGAGAAGGAGAUUGAAGUCGUGAAGAAGGAGAAAACGUCGAAAAUCAGUGCCAUUCAGGAAAUUAGCGAAGGCAAAAGUAAGAUUAAGAACAUGAACGAAAGAAUUUCACAUAUCGAACACGUGCUCAAGGAAAAGUCGAGUAAUUUGAAGAAAUACGUUAAUAAAAAGUCCGAAAAGGACUCCCUGCGGCAGGAGAUUAUCAAUCUCCGAAGGACUCGGGAUCACUUGCUUGAUCAGAGGUGCAAUCUGGAUAAGAAAAUCCGCGAAGACAAGAUGCCAUCUUUCGACGAGGAACGUAAGCUGGUGGAAUGUGACGAAGCUAUUGAAGCAAUUGACGCUGCCAUAGAAAUGAAAAAUGAACUCAUUUGCGGCAGGAAGAGUAUCGAUACCGACGAGAGUCUGCAGCGGGAGAAAGGCGAACAGAUGCUGAUGGCCCGGCUGAAUAAACUCUCGACGGACGAGAUGCGAACGCUGCUCUACAAGUACUUCCAGAAAGUGGUUGAUCUGAAAGAAAAUAGCAAAAAGUUGGAAGUGCAAUUCAUAAGCCUGGAGCGGGAACGGGACACCUGGGAGUGGCAGGAGAAGAUUUUAACCAAUGCCAUCCGCCAAACCCGUCUGGAGAAAGAACGCUCGAUAAUCGCUCUCCAGAAGCAGCACGAAACCAAACUGAAUCUCAUGCUGCGCCAUUUUGCCGCCGAUACAUCGGCUUCCAUCGGCAGUUCCAUCCCGGAGAAUGCCCUACACCCAUACUCGCCAACGGGUGACCUGGUGCUCAGUCCGAGUUCCAGCCGAUAUCAUCACCAUCAUCAUCAGCUCAGCGCACUAGACUCGGACUCGGAGCCAACGCCGCACAGUAAACAUCUAGCUACCCAUUUCAAAACUAGCAAUGUGGCUGCGGCUGCUGCUGCCGCAUCUACCGUUCAGCCCCUCGUCGCCGCUGCUGCCGCCGCCGAAAAGGACCGCAGCAAGAACAAGCUAUUCUCCAAGCUACAGGUCCUCACGCGCUACCACAGCGAUAAGCGUAAAAUCUUCCAAUCCGAUAUACCGCAGCAGAAUCUCAAACAACUACAGAUCUCAUCCCGUCCCUCGCUCACCAAGGUCACCCGCGAGAAGAACAAAAUCAUCAUCCAGAGUGAUGGCGGAAAGUAACCCUGUAAGCUACAAAUCUCUAACUGUACCUUAGCAAACAAAUAUCCUCUAUUUUCUGACUCCUUACAAAAUCUCGAACACGAGAAUACUCUCUCUACUAUUGUAGUUUGUCCUGUUAGAAUUGAUUGUCGUUUAACAACCGUGGCCAAUCGAUGAAAGUGAAUGCACAAAAAAUAGGUGUUCUGCUCUCUGUUAUUAUAAUUAACAUGACUCUAUGUACCACAACUACCUAAAACUACCUGAGUGUUGUAGUCCUUCUGACGUAUUGCAUUUAAAUAAAUGUGUUUGCUAUCUUUCUGGUAGUAGAUU